CUGUCUGUAUUUCACUUGCUUUCCCCAAAGUGUUCCCUCUCCAUUCAAUUCGUUCCUUCAUUUCCCCGUGGGUGUUAUGAGUUCCCUGUGCAUUCUUUCUGUAUUUCACUUGUUUUCCCCAAAGUGUUCCCUCUCCAUUCAAUUCGUUCCUUCAUUUCCCCGUGGGUGUUAUGAGUUUCCUGUGCAUUCUGUCUGUAUUUCACUUGUUUUCCCCAAAGUGUUCCCUCUCCAUUCAAUUCGUUCCUUCAUUUCCCCGUGGGUGUCAUGAGGUCCCUGUGCAUUACCCCCGUGUAUUUCAUCUUGAGGACCCUGAUGUAUUCCCUGUCCAUUCGUUCCUUCUUUUCGCCGUGGGUUCCAUGAAUUCCCUGUGCAAUCACCUUUGUGUUUAAUCUUGAGUACUCCAAUGAUUAUAAGUGUGCUAACCCUAGCCCGCGCAAAAAAGUUUGUCUUAGUCUCAAUAACUCUGCUGUCAAUUUUUUUUAUGACUGCAAUUUACACUAAGACGUCACCUGUGGUAGGCCCGGGCAAAUAAAAUAAUCGCAAAUCACGUUUAUGUUGGUAAGUAUCCAACUUUAGAAAGAAACUCGCCAGGGAGCCAAUAUUAUUAUUACCUGCAAUGUAAUGGCUGUAAAACUUUUAUUUGCAUACUUCUAGUAUAUGUUACUAUAUCUAUAGCUAGAAAAUUUUAGCAUUAGAAAGUGUUAGGGAUAUUCUAAAAACAAAUCUUAAGUUUCUAAAGAGGAGAACUUAAAAGUUGCUCGCGCUGAGUAUACCCAAUGACACAAGCUUCGGUGAACACGCCAAUAAACACAGGUUCUCUGAAUAUAUUAUCAUUGGCACGCAGUUUUCAGUUUCCAACAGGAUCAAAGCAUUCUGGAAACGACGAACUUCGCUUGUUUAAGGACGACUUUGUUUGCAGUAGUGAAGUUAAGAAACCUACAUCAUCGUGUAACGAUCAUGUUAUACAGCCCCAUGAUGCUAAGAGUGCUCUGCGCCAUCCAACUCUUUACGCAUUUUGUGAUUGUGAGCAGUGAACAAGUGGCGCCUCCUUCGUCGAGGUGGAACUGUUCUGCGAUCACCCCUAAUGAUAAAGUGGGAUGUAUGGUGCCAACAAAUACGAAUUCCAGCAUAUGUUACAGCUUUGGAUGUUGUUGGAAUGAAACCGAAACUAAUGUCACCAUGAAAUGCUUUACGAAACGGGGUGGCACGUGUAUGCUGUAUCAAGGCAAAGUUUGCCAAGAAUCACUCAAGACUCUUCCUGACUACAGGAACACUAAACGAUUCUUUGACAACAAGUUUGGAUUGCCGGCAACCGAGAAAUUUCUUGAAAGAAUCGUGGGUUUAAUCAAUCAGUUUGCCUCGAGCGACAAGAAAUGCAGCUACAUCUUGACAAACAUGUUAUGUCAUUACACGGUGCCACCAUGUUACCCAGAUGGCUCGGUUGUAGACUACUGCAAAGGAGAUUGUGAGGCAAUUUUUAAGGAAUGCAGUAAACCAAUCAAUCAGGUUAUCGGAGGGCUCCACAUCAUAAUUCAAUCUGAAGGCAUUGAUUUUAUACAUCGGGGCAUUCCUGAUUGCUCUAAACACCAUCCUCGCUCAUAUUAUGAAAGUUUGCCAGGAAAUAAAACCUGUAUCAAGUCUGGAUUUUUCAAUUAUACCGAAGAAAAGAUUGCUAUCCACGGCCAGCCUACCACCCCACCGUCAGACAACAAUCUGAGCACAAUUCUCCCCUUAGUCUUUACGCUUGUUCUCAUCAUUGUGGUGUGUGUUGUUGUGUUCGUCUUGUGGCGAAGACGCCAGAUAAACAAGUUCGACAGAAUGUCUGAAACAGCUUUUACCAUGAGAGACAAAUUACGAGCGGAGUCUUUGAAGAGCUUGGACACAUUGCUGUCACGUCAUUACGAUCCAAACAAACUGAGACAGUACAGGCUGGAUCGUGUGCAGUACGUGAGGGACCUGGGCAUGGGAUCCUUUGGUAAAGUCUUUCAAGGUCGUGCAACUGGUCUCAUCGACAAAGAGCCCAAGAAGGAAGUUCUGGUCGCUGUCAAAGCACUAAAAAAUGAUUCAUCUAAAGAACAAAAAGACGAGUUUUUCAGAGAAGUAAGUCUAAUGUCCAUUUUAACACACCCAAACAUCGUUCAGUUGCUGGCGGUAUCAACUGAGGAGGAACCUUAUGGAAUGGUGUUCGAGUUCAUGAGUGGCGGUGAUUUGAAUCAAUAUUUGAGAAAUGCCUUGCCUGCGGAGACAUCACCUCACAACAAAGAAACAAAUAAAGUUUACCUUGAGCAAAAAGACCUCGUCUCUAUAGCAACGCAGAUCGCAGUUGGCAUGCAGCAUGUGGCUAAGAUGAGGUUUCUCCACAGGGACCUGGCGACAAGAAACUGUCUGGUCGGAGAUGGUCUGAUAGUCAAGAUCGGGGAUUUUGGAAUGUCACGUGAUAUCUAUACCUCGGAUUACUAUAAGAUGAGUGAAGAAACCUUGCUUCCCAUUCGCUGGCUGUCUCCUGAAGCGUUGAUGUACGGCAAGUUUACUGUCGGGUCAGACGUGUAUGCUUAUGGUGUGGUACUUUGGGAGAUUUUCACAUUUGGUCUCCAGCCAUAUUAUGGGUAUACCAACAAAGAAGUGAUGGGGUUUAUUCAGAAGGGCAUUCAGCUUGGGAGGCCCGACAACUGUCCCGACUUCAUAUUUGCUGUGAUGAAAGAUUGCUGGUGGGAAGAUCCAGACGAGCGUUUGGAAUUUAGUGAAAUAGAGACGCGUUUGAAUAAUCCGCUCCACAGUUACGACAUGGUUGUUUCUGCAUCAGACAGCGAGGAAGGAGGUGAACACCUGGAUGCAGAGCGGUCAGACACUGGAAAUUCCGACAUUCCCAGAGCAACUCCCUCCACAAGUGAUUACGACAUCCCAGCAACGACAUUUACAUCAGUCGAUGGAAACUACGACGUGCCCCGAUCAUCCGAAUAUGUACACAACGAGAACGCCGACGAAAACUCCGGCAAAGAAAGAGACGUCCCCAAUGACUUUGCGGUAUAGUGUAAUGAGUAUUAUGAGGCUUGUGUUUGUAGCCGACAUAACGCCCGCACUGAUUGGCUAAUUCUAGGCAUUAUUCUCUCAUAGUGCCCACAGGCUGACAAAAACAAAGCAAAAAGCCAUAAACUGAACAACUUAUUAACCUCGAACGUGCGCUAUUUACUGCAUGAAAAUCUCAAACCUCGACCUUUCCGUAUUGACCACGCUAUCGCUUGGUGAAAACGGCAAGGUCUCGGUUUGAAAUCUUCCCGUAAAGACCUCACUCUCGGAUAAUAAGUAGUUAAUAAUGUUAGGGUGGGUAAUAGAGUGAGGCGAAAAGACUUUUCUUUGAAAAGUUAAAACAAGUUUAACUCAAAUUAGAAGUAGACGAGAUAAUUACACAAAUAAGCUUCACUUUUAAUUUAUGUUUAAAUCUGGAACCAGUAAUGAAACGCGUCCCAUACAAUCCCAGGCUGGGUAAUUUUAUCACAGUGUAGGUUUCAAAACGUUUAAGAUUGUGGUUUAUCUUAGUCUAUUAAAUUGCGAGUGUGGCAUCUUAAACUUGUCGGUUUAGUUGCAAAGCUCAAGAAAUUAAUUCUCCUCACCGCACAAAUCAGUUUGAUAUUAGUUAUUACUUAAAUUCUUCUUACCACCUCUGCGGAUAAUAUACUGACAUUACACGAGACAUUUAACCGGUAUCUUUAAAGCUGGAUUUUCUUUUGUCAUUAUUUAAUUUGUUUCUUUAAACUCGAUGACCUUUAUCUCUAAACAUGCUGUUUUCUUACAAGUGGAAUGCGUAAAAUCUUCAAAGCUGCAGUUUUCAUGUUCAGAAGCAGUCUUCGAAUUUCAUUGUUUUAAUAAAAUCGGUAAAAAGCAGAAAACAAGUUGAAUUAAAGCAUAACGAUGACAAUUAGACUUUCCCAUCCCCUCCCAUCCCCUCCCUUCUUUCAGUUUUUGGGCAGAAGGAGGGGAGGGGUACAGUGGGUUGGAACUGAUGGAAUUGUAACUUCGUGUUAAAAUAAAUGUACAAUACUGUUUAAAAUAAAAUGUGUCUGCUUCUUUGGAUUGGUGUUUAGGUUAUAUUAAUAAAACUAUCAGAAAUUUUCUGUUUCACGUAAGUUGUCCUUCAUCAAGUUCUGUGUUCUCAGUAUUUUGUUGUUCUGUUUCUUGUUCAUUUCCGGCACCUUCGUUAUCAGACUCGUCUUCAUUGUCAUCAUCAACAUCGUCUUCGUCAUCAUCAUCAUCAUCAUCGUCGUCGUCGUCGUCGUC